AUGCGGUUGACGGCAUCUAUCCUCGCAACAUGGCUGCAGCUGUCUGCCGUCCUGGCCAAGAAGCCCAACAUUGUCUUCGUCCUGACGGAUGACCAGGACCUGCACCUGCAGUCCAUGGACUACGUUCCCCUGAUCAAGAAGCACCUCACUGACAAGGGCACUUCCUACAAGCGGCACUACUGCACUACAUCGCAAUGCUGCCCUUCAAGAGUCACGCUAUGGACCGGCAAGCUCGCCCAUAACACCAAUGUUACCGACGUGCUCCCCCCCUGGGGUAAGUUGAUGUUCCUUAUUUUCGUUGACCAGGGUCUCAAUGAGAACUGGCUGCCUGUGUGGCUACAGGAGGCCGGCUACGAUACCUACUAUACGGGCAAGCUCUUCAACUCCCAUUCGGUAGACAACUACGACAAACCAUUCCCUGCUGGCUGGACCGGGUCUGACUUCCUGCUCGACCCGUUCACGUAUGCCUACAUGACCCCGUGGUACCAGCGCAACCGUGAACCCCCCGUUGCUUACGAUGGCAUCAAUACGCAGACCCUUAUCUCGGAAAAGGCACUUGGCUUCCUCGACGACGCUAUUUCCAAUCCGGACAAGCCUUUCUUCAUCGGCAUCGCGCCCAUCGCCCCGCAUUCCAACAUGUACAUCGAUGAGAACGAUGUGCGCCACUGGGGUCCUCCCAUCCCCCUAGACAAGCAUGCCCACCUCUUUCCCGAUGCCCAGGUCCCCCGUACGCCCAACUUCAACCCAGACGUCGAGUCAGGCGGUAGCUGGGUGCGCGGCCUGCGAAAGCAGGAUGACGACGUCGUCGAGUACAACGAUCACUACUACCGCGAGCGCCUCCGCUCACUGCAGUCGGUCGACGAGCUGGUCGACGACGUUAUCAAGCGGCUCGAGGCGGCAAAACUGCUGGAUAAUACGUAUAUCAUUUACACUAGUGAUAACGGCUUCCACAUCGGGCAGCACCGCAUGCAGCCCGGAAAGAUGUGCGGCUACGAGGAAGAUAUCAACGUGCCGCUGAUCAUCCGCGGACCCGGCGUCCCUAAGGGCGAGGUAUCUAACGUCGUUACUGCCCACGUCGAUCUGGCCCCGACCAUUAUGCAGCUGGCUGGCAUCCCGUUGCGCGACGAUUUUGACGGCGCUGCCAUCCCGCUAACAAAGCCUGAGCAGAAAAAGGCCGUGAACAAACGCCAGGAGCACGUUACGGUCGAGUUCUGGGGCAUGGCCUACAUGGAGGGUGGCGUCGUGUUCCGCGGUGGUGAGACCGACGUCGUUCUUAACAAUACUUACAAGUCGCUGCGCGUCAUCGACGUUAAGAAGAACGACUACAACUUCUACUAUUCCAUCUGGUGUAACAAUGAGCACGAGCUGUACGACAUGAAGACGGACCCCUACCAAAUGACCAACCUUCUUCACCCCACCGCCAAACCUCCCAAGACCAUCCUGGGCCGGCCCUUCGAGGCCGUGGUUGCGCGCCUCGACGCGCUGCUUUUCGUCCUUAAGUCGUGCAAGCAGAAGACCUGCGUUGAGCCCUGGCGCGCGCUACACCCAGCGGGCAACGUCGACAACUUGAAGGACGCGCUCAACCAGCGCUUUGACGACUUCUACAUCAAGCAGCAGAAGAAGGUCCGCUUUGAGCGUUGCGAGGCCGGACUCAUCAUCGAUGCCGAGGGCCCGCAGUUUGAGACGGAUGGGCUGCUUUAUCGGGAUGGUUCUUCGUGGAGUGAGUGGACAUAA